UCGGAAGUUGUCAACUGUACAGGCAGAAAUGUGACUGUGCUGGGCAAUGCGUUGUUGGGCGUAAAUAUCACCGCCGCACAGCUGGAAAAUUUCACAGCAGAAGAGUUCGCCUGCUUGAACGAUUCUACACUGUCACUUAUCCCGGCCGACCAGCUCGCUCAGCUCUACAUGUCAAAGUUUCUAAACAGCGCUAUUGUCAGUCGAUCGGUGACGAUCAACUUGAAGAACCUCACCGUGCUGGGCAACGUUCUGGAUGGAAUCAACAUGACGAUUUCAGCUGACGUGAGGACGGCCAUGAUGACCAGCAUCUGGGACACCCUGAAGCCGUCUCUUGCGACUUUGUCGGAUGCCGAGGGAACACAGUGGUUUCAAACGCGACUCGUCCUUUUUCUCCCGUCCAUCACCGCGGUGGAGAUAGCAGACAUCCCCAUCAACGUGUCCUGCGUCAAUUUCGUCACAAUCUCACAGAGUCUGAGUGGUAAAGAUAUCCAACUUGCUGCACUGAAUAAAAUCAACAAUUUCCUUGUCGCAGAUGUGACAAUGAUGAACAAGAACUGCACACAGAACAUCAACAGCUCCACGCUGCUCAACACCUAUUAUGGAAAAUUCAGUGCCCUUGCCAAUUAUUCUGACUUUGAAGUUUUCCCAGCUUUUAAAGGCGCUGAAGUCCUGAACCUUCUUUCCCCUGUACAACUGGCGGACUACGCUGCCAAGCCCAACGUGCAGAAUAACUCUACCCUGCUGUUAGAGAUCUUCCCCAACAUCAACAGCAUCGACAACAUGGCAACAUUCGUGGAUCGCUUUAACGUUGUGGCAAACAAGGCGUUUGAUGCCUCUGCCCAGGCCGGGGUGAUGGCCGGCGUGUGGACAAAGCUGGGGCCUUCGCUGGCCGCUAUGCCUGACGCAGAUGUGUCCACGUGGUUCAAUCAGAGGCUGUCCCCUCUCAUCCUGCCGGGCAUCACCGCUGGCAUGGUGGGCAACAUUUCCACGGGACUCAACUGCACUGCGUUUGCAAGCAUCUCACAGAGUCUGAGUGGAGUUUAUGGAAAUCUCAGUGACGAUAUCAAACUUGCAGCACUGAAUAAAAUCAACAAUUUCCUUGUGGCAGAUGUGACAAUGAUGAACAAGAGCUGCACACAGAACAUCAACAGCUCCACGCUGCUCAACACCUAUUUUGGAAGAUUCAGUGCCCUUGCCAAUUAUUCUGACUUUGAAGUUUCCCCAUCUUUUAAAGGCGCUGAAGUCCUGAACCUUCUAUCGCUUGUACAACUGGCGGACUACGCUGCCAAGCCCAACGUGCAGAACAACGCUACCCUGCUGUCAGCGAUCUUCCCCAACAUCAACGGCAUCAACAACAUGGCAACAUUCGUGGAUCGCUUUAACGUUGUGGCAAACAAGUCGUUUGAUGCCUCUGCCCGGGCCGUGGUGAUGGACAGCGUGUGGACAAAGCUGGGGCCUUCGCUGGCCGCUAUGCCUGACGCGGAUGUGUCCACGUGGUUCAAUCAAAGGCUGUCCCCUCUCAUCCUGCCGGGCAUCACCGCUGGCAUGGUGGGCAACAUUUCCACGGGACUCAACUGCACUGCGUUUGCAAGCAUCUCGCAGAGUCUGAGUGGAGUUUAUGGAACUCUCAGUGAAGAUAUCCAACUUGCAGAACUGAAUAAAAUAAAAAAUUUCCUUGGCGCAGAUGUGACAAUGAUGAAUAAGAACUGCACACAGAACAUCAACAGCUCCACGCUGCUCAACACCUAUUUUGGAAAAUUCAGUGCCCUUGCCAAUUAUUCUGACUUUGAAGUUUUCCCAGCUUUUAAAGGCGCUGAAGUCCUGAACCUUCUUUCCCCUGCACAACUGGCGGACUACGCUGCCAAGCCCAACGUGCAGAAUAACGCUACCCUGCUGUCAGAGAUCUUCCCCAACAUCAACAGCAUCAACAACAUGGCAACAUUCGUGGAUCGCUUUAACGUUGUGGCAAACAAGUCGUUUGAUGCCCCUGCCCGGGCCGCGGUGAUGGCCGGCGUGUGGACAAAGCUGGGGCCUUCGCUGGCCGCUAUUCCUGACGCAGAUGUGUCCACGUGGUUCAAUCAAAGGCUGCCCCCUCUCCUCCUGCCGAGCAUUACUGCUGAGAUGGUGGCCAAUAUUACUACGGGACUCAACUGCACUGCGUUUGCAAGCAUCUCACAGAGUCUGAGUGGAGUUUAUGGAACUAUCAAAAAAGAUAUCCAACUUGCAGCACUGAAUAAAAUCAACAAUUUCCUUGUCGCAGAUGUGACAACGAUGAACAAGAACUGCACACAGAACAUCAACAGCUCCACGCUGCUCAACACCUAUUUUGGAAGAUUCAGUGCCCUUGCCAAUUAUUCUGACUUUGAAGUUUCCCCAGCUUUUAAAGGCGCUGAAGUCCUGAACCUUCUUUCCCCUGUACAACUGGCGGACUACGCUGCCAAGCCCAACGUGCAAAAUAACUCUAUCCUGCUGUCAGCGAUCUUCCCCAACAUCAACGGCACCGACAACAUGGCAACAUUCGUGGAUCGCUUUAACGUUGUGGCAAACAAGUCGUUUGAUGCCCCUGCCCGGGCCGUGGUGAUGACCGGCGUGUGGACACAGCUGGGGCCUUCGCUGGCCGCUAUGCCUGACGCAGAUGUGUCUACGUGGUUCAAUCAGAGGCUGUCCCCUCUCAUCCUGCCGGGCAUCACUCCUGCGAUUUUGGCCACCUUUCCCACGCAAUUCAACUGCACCGUGUUCUCGAGCAUUGUUGGAAGUCUGGAUGGUGUCUCGAUCUCCAACGAGUCAAAGGUCUCAACGUACAAAUGGAUAAUCAAAUAUUUGUCAUCGAAUGGCUCCAGCCCCAGGUGUUUCACCCCUGGGAACACGAACACCCAGUGGCUGGAUUCCUCCCUGCGUGGCUUCAAGAGCAACCUCAUUCUGCCCGACUUACUGUCCAUCCUGAACAACAACGCAAGCAUCGUACCUGCCAAUGAGCUGCUUGCGCUGCUCAACGUGACGACGUUUUCCAACUACUCGGGCGCGAUGACGCAGCUGUUUGACAACUACUCUCCAAUCGACGUGCUGCUCGAGGCUUACAACAAAAACUUCUCGACCUCGUACAAUUCACUCGACGGCGCGGUGAAGAGCGCGGUGGUGACCUCGGCGUUCGGCAGGUUUGGGAAAGAGCUCAAAAGCAGCCCCAACGAUGUGACGUCCACAAAGUGGUUCUCGACGUACAUGCCCAUGUUCCUGCCGGAUGUGAACAAAGGCGCGCUGGAUUUGGUCUCCCUAAGCGACUGCAAAAUCUACGCCUCUGCUGUGGAUCCAUUUAAAAACAUCUACACCAAAUUGACGGCUGACAAUAGGAUAGCUGUGCAUGAUUGGCUGGUUGCCAAUCUCAACCGUACGAGCGCAUCCAGACCGCCGUGCUACGUGGAAAAGAAGAGCUAUCUCACGGACAACUUGCAGCAGUACUUCCUGUUGACGAACAAAGCUGAGCUGGAGAUGCUGGUCACCAAUAAUAGUCAGCUAGUGGAGUUCUUAAUCCAUCAGAGCACCCUGGACCAACUCGCAAAUGCAAACAACCUGACCACUGACAUGAACAAUUACCUGGUGCAGCAAAUGCAUGCGGGAAAGAUAAAUUUGACGAGUGUGCCGAAUCCGCUUCUGUGCUUGUACGUGAUAGCAUACAGCUCUGAACUCACCGCGAACAAUUUAAAUGUGUUGCUGGCAAAUCUCACGACAUGCGAAGCAUCCUUGACAAACCCCAAGGAUAAGGACAAGCUGAACGCGAUAAUUUUGAGCCAAUUAACGAACUACACGCCGGAGGUGAUUAAGAGCCUGGGGAGCGCCGUCGUUGCAGUUCCGUUCUCCGACAUCGACAAAAAAUUCACAUCCGAAUUGGUCCUGAACACUUUGCCGCAACUCGGACGUCAGUCGGGCUGGAGUCUGGGACAGACACGCCAACUCCUAAAGAAGCUGGGCGACCAAUAUCCAGUGAACAGCUCCAAAAGCUUGGAAGACCUGGGGACCCUGGUGUCUGGAGUUUCCAGCGACACCUUCAUAAAAAUGAACGGUGACCAGCUGAAAGACUACAUGAUCAAUUCCAACAUGAGUGUCAACAUCCAGACCUUGCCACCCGGCAUUCAGUCGGUCAUUGUCAACAAGUUGCUUGGUGAGAACAAAAUUUCCAUCGUGGACUGUAUCAAUCAACUGCCUCCGUCUACUGUGACACAAAUUCCACCCGAACGUCUGAGGUCUUUGGGCGGUAAUAAUAUCUUCUCAAAUGGACAGUGGACUGAUGGCCAGGCUGUGAUUUUGUUGGACGAAUUGAAAAAGUAUAAUGACAUUGGAUCUAUCAUUACGGGAGCACCCAACCUGUUGCCAGGGUUUUCGUGUGGACAACUUAAUGCAUCUGAUGACGUGAAGAACUUCCUGAAAACAGUUACCACCGUCAAAGGCCAACUGACCGCAUCCCAGGAGAGUUGCUUGGCCGAAAGACUGGCAUCUACUGCGGAUGAAUCUGUACCUUCGACUGUCCUCAUGUUGCUGCCAGCGUCGCAUCAGGACUUUGGUAUGAAUUGCGAAAAGAUGUUCAGAAAAAUGGGCAAGGGAAACAUCAACAAGUUGCCCAUGGACAAGACCAGGAGCAAUCUUCUGAUCAAAGCCCUGUCGUGCCCGAAUAUUGCAGAGGGGAAUCUGACUGCAGAUUCAAUCGCUGUCCUCGGGAAUCUGUCAUGCACGCUGAGCGCCAACCAGAUCAAGAACGCUGACAAGAGCAUCCUGAUGCAUCUCAGUCAGUGCAGGGUCUACACAGAUGCUCAAGCCAACAGCAUCCAGGAAAAGCUCAUCGUAUUUUAUAAGGAUUCUUCCACGUGGACAUCUCAGAAUCUCCUAGAAAUGGGCGACAUGGUCACCACCCUCAGCACCACCACGCUCUAUGCCAUCAAUGAAUCCCAGCUGGCGCCUCUCAAGGAUUACGUGACUGCCCUGUCACAGGUCACGUACACGGGUCCUGCUCGACUUAAUUUCUCUCCCAACGUGACGUUGAUCAACCUCAGAUUGGCAGCGUUGAUCAACGGCGGCGGCGGCGGCGGAGCACGGAGGAAGCGCGCCGCCACCGACACAUGCCCAGGUGGUAACCUCACACGACUCAGCAUCGUCGAUCAGAAACAAUUGCUGGCUCUGAUGACGGCGGCCAAUCUGGAUGCCUGCCUGCCACUCGACGUGUUCAGUCAGAGCAUCGAGGAUCUGGGAAAGGUCAAGUUCUUUCCCGAUCAGCUGACUGUCUUGAAGGCAAAGCUCAAGUUGGUGUUACCGUCGCCAGUUCCCCAGGACGUGCUAUUAAUUUUGGGCACCUUGGCCCAGGCGUACACUCCUGAAGAACUCAAGCAGCUCAACCUCUCCAGCAUCGACACCGUUGCAAAGCUGGCCCAGACGCCAGGAUGGAGCCCGGACCAGAUCAAGGCUGUGGCAGCGAAAUACGAAACCGUGAAAUCUGUGCCCCAACUCACGUCUUCUGACCUCAAGUCCCUGGGAGUGUUUGUGUCCGGGCUCUCAGAUGUGGGGCAGAUUAACAACGAUGCAUACAAGGAAGCGGCAGAGUCCAUCGGAAACGUGGCGGCAUACAGUCCAGACCAGCUCACAAAGCUCUGGAUAAAAGCGAAUUCAUCUUUUAGUGGAUUUUCAAACGGUGCCAUCACACAGAUCGGAUCUGUUGUCGCUGGAGCCUCAGCCGCUGAAAUUAAUAAUUUGGGUGCAUCACAGAUUGGUGAGAUUAAGCCUUUGGCAAUUCCUCUCAUCCCCCUGAACGUGUUCAAGGGUUUGAAUGCGAAUACGGUGACUUCUCUUUCACGAGAUUCCGCAUUGAGCAUAAGCAACAGUCAGUACAACCAGCUCCCCAUCGCUGCACAGAGCGCUCUCGCGCAGAGGCUCGCAUCCUUUGUCGCAUACACGGCGCCAAACCUACCUGGGCCUGGGUACGUGGAGGCACCUUCCCCCCCAGCAGGUGGAGCCCAGGGUUUGUCUGCGACUGUGCUGACGAUGGUGGCUGUGCUGCUGUUGCCGUCCCUCGGUCUGCUGUUGGCUUAAAGAACCUCGCCAGUGAACGUGCAACGUCGGCCCAACGUUGGCUCGUGGUUGGAACCUUGGGUCCAACGUUGGGCCAACCGUGGGUUAUUGUUGGCCCAAUAGUUCCACUUUUACUGGGUCACUAUUCCGUGACCCUCCCCCCCCCCCCCCAUGCACACCAACCCCAAUAUUUUUCGAUUUAAAGCUUUCGUGACUGCAGGGAUUCAUCUUCUUGGUUCUUUUGGUAAAGUCACGUAGAAGGGAAAUAAUAAAAUAAUAAAAAACAUAAUACAAUAAUUUUAUUAUGCUUUUUAUUUUAUUACAUUUUAUUAUGUUAUUUUAUUAUGUUUUAUUAUUAUUAUUUUAUUAUUUCCCUUCUACGUGACUUUACCAAAAUAACCAAGAAGAUGAACCCCAAUAUUAUCAAAGCACCAAAACCCUCAGGAAUAUCCAUCCAUGUUUUUGUUGUUUUUACUCUGUGCUUGUUUCUGUUGUGAUACACAUACCCAUGAGUACGUAUGAGCCAGUGCAUGGCCUAAACAACCGCAAUCUAUAUUGCAUCCCACUGUAUCGCAUUAAUACGUGCACCUUGUAUAAAAACUCUCCUUGCACUGCGGUGGGGGAUCAUAGCUCACGAAUAGUGAAAGGGCAAUGAAGUGUGCCGGGAAGUGUUUCCACAGAGGUAAAUUAAGUAAUUUCUACUUCAUGGGUUGUUCACGGUUGUGCUGCUCCACAGCUCACCAACGUGUUUCCGGGUUGCACCGCGCGCCUUGUUCGACGCGAUGUACCGACGUUUCGCUCUCAAAGCACAACAGAUUUGAUUUGUGCACAACCCCGAAAACGCACGGAAGAGCUCGAAUGUUGCGCGCAUCGCCUCGCGUGUGACAUCGAGGCGAACGGCGGCAGUUCAACAGGCCUGCAGGUGUGCACCCUCGAUGUGGAAGCCAGGCCAGAGUCUGCCUUCAAUAAAACAAAUUCUCAACAAACAAAGCAAAGAAACUCGGUGCCCGAGACCAAUAAUCAGGUGGACAUUUAAUUUUGCUUGGAGAGAUGUACUUCCUGUCCGGUCAUUAUUUGUGCUUCUAGAGUGCAACCUGCAUACAUAAGCGCCCUAAUGGUUAUAAAAUAGUAAUAAUGGAAAUAUUCAUCUUCAAAAUAUGAAAUCAUAGCUGAUUUAAAAAAACAACAAGAUUGUUGUAUUUUGGGGAACUCAUGCAAUUUAUAAAAUGUAAAUAUAGGUAUGGUACAUAUUUUUUUUCGUAAUUUUAAACUGUUAUGACAUUAAGUUCACGUGUUUGCAAAUAAUGAAUUAUCACUAAUCGCUAUUACACCUAAAUUUUGUAUUUUGAUGUGAACUUAAGUGUGUGUGAUCAUGUAAACACACGUGUGUGUCAGUGUGCAUCUGCCCGUCAUCUCGGGCAGUUAACUCAUAACACCUGAGUCUAUCCCGUAACCUCCUGCUGAGUAGUGAGCCUUAGACACUUCACGUAGCCACAAAGUGCACCGAGCCUGGCACAAGAGCCGUGGUGACAUCACCUGGUAAAAUACAACCUUUUUUUCUGUUUACUUGGUAGUGAAUGGAGGUUGUUAUUGUUGCUGGGCAGAAAUUAUUAAUGGAACUGCACUACGAUUUCAGCGAUGCAGGGUUCAACUCCCAGUUGUACACAUCUUUUUUUACCAGUGGCAACUAGAAUGUGAACCAGGCCUGAACCUCUUCGCUUGACUUUGCCCAAGACACUCCCAAUUUCAGCCGAUAUGAGUUGGAUGUUAUCAUGGGCUGUGUGCAGAAUAUACGCACGAAAGGCCACGAUCUCAAGUUGAAAAGCUAAGCAUGCGCUGGUUAUGUUUUCGUGCUGUGUAAACAGCUUAUUGUUUUUAGUCUGUGAAAAAAAAAAGUUCUGGCUGAUCUGUGUCAUCAUUGGCUCAGAAUUGCUGAAGUGCGUUUGUUGAUGCAAACACUGGAGAGACAAAGGGAGAUUGGCAGCACGCUGGCUAGAAACAACAUUUAGUGUGCUCUUCCAUCCUUAUUUGGUGCUUACUAACAGCGCUUGCCCAUGGACAAAUGCCCAUUGGGGGAGGGGAUGUAUGUACAUGCGUGUGUUUUGGGUCUUAAAUAUGCGUUAAGCUGUUUAUACCAAAUUGGAUAUUUGAUAGGCGCGGUGGUUUGAGCAGCUGAGUAAAUUCGCAGUUACGUCCUACGAAAUGAAAUCGUGUAGCGAGUGAGACGUUCUCCCAUCUCCGGGUGUUAUGUUAAUGACCUUACCGAGAAUUAUGACGGCUGCGCUUCAUGAAACACUUUGCCUGUAUCCGGCAGCAUAGCGAUUGAUGCAUCGGUACACCCGCAAUAAUAAACACUGCAAUAAUGUGCGAUCAGGUUUUGUGUCCAAAUCCCCGAUUAGAUGUAUGAAUGUUUGAACUUCUUUCGUACCGUCCGUAGCCCCCCGUGCUCAUCGGAGGUGCGGUGGAAGGACAACAAACUAAAAGCAAUAAGCAGUUCUAAAGAAAUUAGUUUUCAAUCUAGAUAAAAAAGUGUAUAGCUCCAGUGGCUUCCUAAUAUCGGAAGGAAGAGCGUUCCAGACGGCCGCAGAAGCGCGCAUCUGAGAGUGCUACGAAUAAUAGUUUUUUUUGGUUGUGAGCAAAUAGUUUUUUAAUCUUAAGCACUUUGUGUGCAACGUUUUCCCUAUUCUCCAGAUUAUACGUUUAAUCUCGUCCCCCCUCCCUUCCUCUUUCAACUGGGGCGCAAUAUGUGUGGGGCGCAUGUUACUUUCCGGAUGAUUGUAUAACCUGGAGAACACGGUCGACGACAUGGAUUGCACAUGUGGCGAAUUUAGUGUUGUGAAUUACAAGUACGGUGGACGAUUUAGAUCCCAGCAACGUUGAAUGUUGAGAUCUUGAUUCGUUCGCUGUGAACUCGUCUUGAUGUAAGGCCCUGUGGGUGGUGUUUGAGCAGUCGGAGUGUUUUGCGGAGGUUCAAAAAAUGGCGAUAUUAUUCGGUGUGUCUUUGCUUAUUAAAUGAAUAAACCUGAUCUUGUCCUCUUACAUAAGUAUUUAAAAUUAUUGAUGACAUAUAAAUUAAGUAGUUAUUCCCGUGUGGUUCCCUUACCAAAGCAAUAAACAUUACUACAGGAUCAA